ACAGUCCCCAGCACGCGCAUUGCGUCCAGAUCGCGGACGGUGCUGGAGGCAUCAACUACUGAUCCUGUAAGAUCUAUCGGAUUAUACUACAAGGAAGAUGAAGACGUUACAAAUUGCGAUCUUUCUCGUCCAUUGUCUCGUGUUACUCAAGGUGUGCAGUGGCGCCUCUGUGGACAGGUAUGAGAGUGCCAACCCCAGAACAACAGUGGUCAACCUCUUUCACACCCUAGAGACCACAAACACAACAGGGCUCCAGGUGGACAGAGGGACGAAUGUGUAUGAAGAUGAUGAUUAUGAUGAAGAUUAUGAUCUCUCUGUGGAUUAUGACUCAAACCAACCAAGAGUGGCAUUUUCUACCAAACCCAAACAUCCGUCAGCGAUUCCCACUACUGAGAAGAAGACAAAAAAGGGGAAAAGGAAGGGCAAAGGAAAAGGCAAGGGAAGAAAGAAGAACCCCUGCCUGGAUGAAUACAAAGAUUUCUGCAUUCACGGAGUGUGUCAUCAUCUGAAGGAGUUGAACACUCAUUCUUGUGUAUGUACAACAGGAUACUCAGGAGAGAGAUGCCAUAUAUUCACCCUACCGGUUAGUAAGGAAGAACAGCGUUACAGCCGGACCACAGCUCUAGCGGUCAUAGCGGUGGUCCUGUCCCUCGUGUGUCUCGCAAUCAUCGCUAUUCUGCUGGCACUAAGGUACCACAAAAAAGAUGACGCUGAUGUAGAAAGUGAAGAAAAGGUCAAACUUGAGGCAACGUCAGUGCAGAAGUGAUAAGGGAAGAAAGGAUGGAGAAACCCAAAAGAAAAUGUGACCCAUGGAUAGAAAGCAUUGAGGACUGAGGAGUAAGCAGGGGCACAAUUUCUAGAUCAUUACUUUUCAAAAAUCCUUGCCCCCGUUCAAAAUGAUCCUACGUCCCUGAUGUCCUGCAGUUAUGGUGGCUGUCUACACUGGCAAGAAGGAUGUUUUGAAUGCUGCUUUCAUGUGCAGUACAAUGUCCUUUUCAACCUAAUCUCCUUGUGGAGAACAUGCAUACCCCUUUUCCACAAAGUCAGUUUGAGUGCUGGUUUGGAGCCAGAGCCUAGUUUCAAACAGGUUCUUUAUCUUUCGACACCCAAAGCACCAGCUCCGAACCAGGAAAAGCGGUUUGUAAGUAGCACCAAAACAUUGCUGGGCUAGAAGGAAGAACCGCUUGCUUCAGGGGCUGGGGGCGGAGUUACCGAGACCAACAAGAUUAACAAACUUUUGACCACCAUAUUUGAAAUAGCAGCUAAACACAAACACGUUGGAUUCACAUUGUUUUGAUGCUGAUUUAGGUUCGCAAAGCCAUGAACAUCAAUAGCAACGCAACGUCCGCCAUUGGUGUGUUUAGGCUUGUUCGGGAUGAAGCUAAUUGAAUAGCCCUGCACUAAUCCGUUAACAUGGGUGCCGAAAAAAAUACGCACCACAUGCACACUGCAAAUGGAGUAUGCAUCUCAACGUUUUUAGGGACAAAAAAAGAUAAAUCAAUAAAUUAAAAACAUUGUAAAUAUGUUUAGUCAUUGUAGUAGUUAUAACUGCAAAACGAGUUUCAUGGUCGGUAAAAACAUUGUUUUUAGGCCCUGUAUGUAUGAUCUGCUCUAAAGCACCCUCAGUGAUUUGAUUCUGGAGCUGGGCCUGCAGAGAGGACUGAACUGGAUGAAUGUAUGGCAACUUUAAUCAAGUUGCUUUUUUGUUCGUUGCUUAUUUAUUUAUUCUAAAAAGGGUUUUUCUGGUUUUUCCCAUCAGUCUAACUCUAUACUGUCGGAAACACCACAAAGCACUUGUAAUUAUUUAUUUAUAAUGUAUUGGUUAUUUAUUUUGAUAUGUAACAAUUUUGUGUACUGAAUGCACUGUAAGUUUUGUAAAAGUGUUUUUAUUGUAUAGAUAUUUAUUAUUGAUAGAUACAAUCAAAUAAUGUUCUAAUAGGACUGACGUUGCAUGACAGAUGUUGCAAUCACAUGUGGAAGACCCUUCAGUAAAGUUUUAAUAAUAUUAUAGCUAAACUGUGAAGUAAACCGAUUUGCGGAGCUCUAAAAAUGCAAUCAAUUAAAUCACGUACUGUGGAUGAAUGUCAGACGCAGGGCUUUGUAGGUCUUUUAUAUGUAUUACUGAGAAAGUGUAGCUUAAAUUAAGUGAAAUAAAAUGGAAAAUGCAAAGUAUUGUAAGUGCUAUGUGUAUAGUAGGCCUAUAAAAUAACAUGAUUUCAUUUACUAAUUUUAAGCAAUAAUAACCAAACAUGUUCAA